AUGUUUCGGUGGUUUCAAAAUGCAGCGAAAUGUUAUGUCUCCCUACAGGAUGUUGGCGGAAAAUCUCACGAGGACCGCCUACAAAUGAUGCGCCAUAGUAGAUGGUUUACUCGUGGAUGGAUGCUGCAAGAACUUCUCGCUCCAACUGUGGUUGAGUUCUACUCGGCGGAUGCCACCAUGUUAGGCGACAAACAAUCCUUGGAGCAUUUAAUUCACGACAUUACUAGAAUCCCCGCAGAAGCUCUUCGCGGUGCACCAUUAUCCGACUUCACCGUUGCGGAACGCGAGUCAUGGGUCCAUGGUCGUUAUACAUUACGCGAGGAGGAUAUAGUAUACUGCCUCCUGGGCAUAUUCAAUGUCACCAUGCCAGUGGUUUACGGCGAGGGACGAAAGAGGGCACAGCGGCGGCUGCGAAAUGAGGUUGCUCGAAUGGAUUUGCGAUCACUGUCGGCCGGGUCCCGCGAUGCAAUAUACAGCAUAGGCCUUGCAAAAUCGGAGUUUCGGGUUCUAGUCCUGGAACCAGGCGUCAUGGGAGAGGACAUCGAUUGUUACCUGGAGAUUAGCAAUCUUGAGCAGCCCCCAGCAUACCAUGCGUUGAGUUAUGUCUGGGGGGAAGAACCCGCAAUUCACCUUUGCUAUGUCGAUAGCAAUGCGAUUAUGAUAAGACCAAGUCUUCUACAAGCUUUGCAGCGCCUCCGUCGACAAGAGGGACGGAUCAAUAUCUGGAUAGAUGAUUUAUGUAUCAACCAAAAGAACACGCUCGAACGGAACGCGCAGGUGAAACAGAUGGCCAAAAUCUACUACCAGGCCAGCCGUGUGUUCAUUUGGUUGGGAGAGCACAACUCGACAAGUUCUCUUGCCAUGGACCUCAUCAGAAAAGUGGCCGAAUCGGACUAUGUAUGGGAAACAAUCCGGUGGAAGGAUCACGAGUUUACAGCUUUGCUUAGUCUUCUGAGUAGAGUGUGGUUUCAACGUGGUUGGAUUGUUCAAGAAGCAGCAUUUGCGCAGGACGCAACACUCUGUUGUGGAGAUCGUCAGGUUCAUUUGACUGAUCUCCUAAAGACUGUGAUUCAAAUCCAGUCGCAGCUUUUGCUAGGGCAAUCACCUGUCGUAGAUCUACCGGAGACAGUGGAUAAUUAUUCCAUCCACAAGUUUAACGAUUCAUCCGCAGUCAGAUUAUUCAGUUUGAUUAGCAAGGCAGUCUCAAGGACUUCACAUGCAUCUACAUUGGAACGCCGGCUGUCCUUGGAAAACCUUGUGGACGCUGCUAGAUUUACUGAAACAAGCGACAAGCGCGACACCAUCUACGCAUUACUUAACCUGGCUAACGAUCUCAGAUCGUCUCCUUUCAAACCUGCAGAUAAUUCUGGUCUCAUCGAACCGAAUUACGACAAAAGCGACAUGGAAGUCUUUGCCGACUUCAUCCUUCAUUGCUGCAGAAACGGAUCCCUUGAUAUCAUUUGCCGGCCCUGGGCACCAGUCUCUCCAGACGAAGGAUAUCCGACGUGGAUAGUUAGCAGACACUAUCUGCCGUUUGGUGACCCUUGCAGACGUUUGACGCAUCGGCUAAAUGGAAAAGAAUUGGUCGGUACCAGCGAAAGCCGCUCGUAUAAUUGUCAUGGUGGAAAGAAACCACAAGUCACGAUAGAACUGCAUGGCAAAGAAGGCGCUUUCAAAGGCGCCUUGAUUGCAAAGGGUUUUAUUAUUGGUGAAGUGGUACGAAGAUCAGCAAGAAUGGCAGGUGCAGUUAUCACCAGGGAUUGCUUAGCCAUUCUUGGGGCGACUCCUGAUUCGGAUGCUAACGAGUUGUCUCGAAUCAUCUGGCGCAUACUUUGCGCAGAUCGCGACAUGGCAGGAAAUCAAGCACCAAAGAAAUACCCAAAGUUGAUACAACUAUUGAAGCAGCUCAGUACCAACGGCCGUCACUCACUUGGUCAUCGAUCUGCGUUUGAUCAAUUGCUGGAUGUUGACAUUCUGGAGUUACUCGACGAUGACAUUCCCAGCAAUCUGCGAGAAUUUCUUGAAAACUUGAGAGAUACAAUCUGGGACCGGCGGGUGUUCCAAUUGAGCGCGAUUGAUUCUGUAGGCACGGCAUUAGUAGGCAUUGGUCCUCGAGAAACCAAGAUUGGCGAUAUGCUCUGUAUCCUCUAUGGAUGUAGUGUUCCAACUGUAUUACGUCAAUUCAAGACGGAUGAUGGAGUGCAAAUCUGGAAGUUGAUUGGAGGGGCUUACGUCGAUGGAGUGAUGAAUGGAGAACUCUUCCAAGACCGUACUCGUGGGGAUAAAGAUGAGGCAUUGUUUGAUAUUAGGUAG